AUGUUUUGCUCGUGUCUCGAGAUUGUUUUUUUCCUUGCCGGAAGACAUCAUUCUCAAUUUCCAUCGUUACCGGACGAAAAUGAGACGAACAAAUCAUCAGACUCUCCUCCGACAGUAUUUUCAUCGUUACCGGACGAAUUAAUUCUCAAUUGUUUGGCUCGUGUCUCGAGAUUCUACCGUCCAUCUCUGUCCUUGGUCAACAAGGAAUUCCAAUCUCUCAUCGCUUCUCCUGAUCUCGAGGCCACGCGCUCCCGCAUAGGAGUAACAGAGAAUCACCUCUAUGUCUGCUUGGAGUCGAAUAAGAACAACCCUAAUCCUCGCUGGUUCACACUUGCACCAAUUCCCAAAGAACAGAAAGUGAAACCUAUCAUCCCUUCGUUUCCUUAUCAACAUCCCACAUCAUCAACUUUUGUCUCUAUUGGCUCAGAGAUUUACAUCAUCGGAGGCUUCGUUAAGCGAAAGAGAAGCAGGAGAGUCUUGGUUCUCGAUUGUCGAUCUCAUCAAUGUCGUAGGCUCCCCAACAUGGCUCUACCUCGAGUUUCUGCAGCCGCUGAUGUCAUCGACGGUAAGAUCUACGUGGUUGGAGGAUCAAAGUCUAAAAAUAUCGACAAUUGGGGAGAAGUUUUUGAUCCAGAGACCCAAACGUGGGAGCCAAUAUUUCCCACAACAGUUGAUCUCACCACUCAAAAGAGUGUGUUUCCAGGUAAAUUGGUUAUGGGUGGGAAAGUUUAUGACAUGGAUGGGUUGAAAGUUAACUUGAACCUGAAUAGUUGCGUGGUAGAGAUAGACAACAUGAUGUGCCAAAUAUCAGUUUGCAAAGGGAUACUAGUUUGGUAUGAUUCAGAGGAAGAUUUGGUGUGGAAUAAGUCGAUGGUGUUUGACCGUCUAGGUCUCGAUUGGACUAAGGAAGGUAAAACGGAGAUUUGGUGUGCCGAGAUAUCGUUGGAGAGACGCGGUUUUGGAGAGCUUUGGGGAUUCGUCGAAUGGUCAAAGAAAGUGUUUACUUAUGACGGAUGUGAUUCUCCUUCAGAUUUCUUUUUGCAUUCCGCUAUUGUGACUUAUUGA